AUGAGUGCCUUUGAAGCUCUUUUACCUCUGUAUUUGUUUGUUGUGGCUAUUGCUGCAGACGUUUGGAACAUCGACAGCCCAGAGGAUAGCGUUAUCGAUGAUGUCAUUGUAGACGGAAAUGAAUCCUUAUUUUCAGCAUUCAUAAUCAUGGAAAGUAAUAAAGACUCUGAAGAAAUUAUUUUAGAUUCUAAUGAAGAGAAAAAUGUCGAAACUGUAUUACCACAUGACAAUACUAAACUAAAAAGAGUAGUAACUGACAGUGUAAAUGUGGACGAUAUUACUGGUAAUGGAGAUAAAAUCGAUAGGCCAGAUGUGCUUUUGAGAAAGAGACCAUGGAAGGGAUGUCUAAAAAAAGCCUCGAAAAUGUGCAAAAAGGCUUGCAAAGCAGCCGUGAAAGAUGCUUGUGACUAUUACGAUUGUAAAAAAAAGUUGAAAAAGGGUUUGAAGAAAGAAUGCAAGAAAAGUUGCAAAAGGCAGUUUCUCGAUGACUACUAA